AUGCCCGCCUACACCUCCCGCGACGUCGGCGACCCGUCGCAGAUCAAGAAGACCAAGCAGAGCAUGGCCGACCUGAAGCUGCGUCGCUUGACCGAGCUCAACAGCAGACUGAGGGAGGACCUCGAGCGCGAGAGGAUCCCCGUGAGCCAGGCGUCUAAGAGCAUCAUUGCCUACUGCAACAGCACCAGGGACUACAUGGUCCCGUCAACCUGGGGCGUCGUUCCCAAGGGCGAGGACCCGUACGCUCCCCAACAGAGCGGCGGCUGCUGCGUGGUCAUGUAA